AUGUUUUCUUUAAUGGUUGCAUUGAGGAGCCAGGCUGAUUGCGCACAGUAUGCAACAGACUCGGUCAAACCGGUCAAUGGAUUAGGAAUCAAGUCCUCUUUAGAGGUAAUCCCUGGAAGAAACACCUUACCUUUAUCAAGGUCCAUUUCUCCGAGUAGGGCCAACAACAAGGACGUUUUUCCCGACCCUGUAGGGCCGAUGAUGACAUUCAGCUUCCCAGUCUUGAAACUGAUGUUAAGAUCUCUUAAUGCAAACUCACUCUCAGAGUUCUUGGACCAGUAG